AUUACUACAGUCUACUUGUUGUGAAAUUGACUUAAUAUUUCUAAAUACAAACAUUUAACACACCCACAAAUUGGUUAUCGAAAAUACAGUGUUUCCGUGCAUGGUUGUGAAAUUCAUCUUGGGAGCCCCAUGCGUGACGAUGUUGCUAAUACGCAAAUGGAGAAGAAAACACUUAGCAAUGGAUCAAAAUGUUGAAGAAUUUUUGCAAGCUAAUAAUAACUUCUUGCCGAUAAGGUACUCUUAUUCGGACAUCAAGAAAAUCACGAGGGGUCUUAAGGACAAACUAGGUGAGGGAGGGUAUGUCUCCGUGUUUAAAGGAAGGCUUCGGAGCGGCCGCGAGGUGGCAGUCAAGAUUUUGAAGAAGGGAAAAGCGAACGGGCAGGACUUCAUCAGCGAAGUGGCUACCAUCGGAAGAAUUCAUCAUGUUAAUGUGGUUGGACUCAUAGGUUUUUGUUUUGAGGGAUAGAAACAAGCUCUUGUCUAUGAUUUCAUGCACAACGGGUCUUUAGAUAAGCACAUUUUCUCACGAGGAGAGGGGACUUCUCUUGAUUACAGGGAAGUGUACGAAAUUGCUCUCGGAGUGGCUAGAGGGAUCGAGUAUCUUCAUCGAGGAUGCGAUAUGCAAAUUCUACACUUUGAUAUUAUGCCUCACAACAUUCUCCUCGACAUAGAUUUCACCCCAAAAGUUUCUGACUUCGGGCUCGCUAAAUUGUAUCCCACGAACUACAACACUGUGUCUUUGACUGCUGCAAGAGGAACCUUGAGAUACAUGGCUCCAGAGUUGGUCUUCAAGAACCUUGGGGGUGUCUCUUACAAAGCGGAUGUCUAUAGUUUCGGCAAAUUGUUGAUGGAAAUGGCCAGUGGGAGGAAGAAUGUGGAUGUGAUUAUAGAGUGUUCCAGUCAGAUUUACUUUCCUUUAUGGGUCCAUGACCAACUUAGUGAAGGAUUGGACGUUCCAGUGGAAGGAGUAAGCGAGGAGGAUAGGAGAAUAAUAAAGAAGAUGAUAAUAGUUGCUCUUUGGUGCAUACAAUUGAGUCCUAGUGAACGCCCUUCGAUGCACAAAGUCUUGGAAAUGCUCGAAGGAGAAGUAGAUGAUCUACAAAUACCUCCCAAGCCACUCUUUUAUCCAACAGAAAUGUCAACAAGAGAUGAUGGAAGUUGGACUGACAAUGGCAAAUAUACUAUAUCCACUUCAUCGACUAGUGAAAUAACUUACGAAGAUUAUCAUUUUGAGCAUACCAGCACUAGUAUUACACAAAUAUAG